AUGUCCCUUCCCGAUGGCCUCAUCUCCUAUGGACCCGACUCGAAUUGCACACUUGAGCUUUGCCCGGUGGAAUGGAGUGCGCUUCAGUACCGACCUUCUCUGGCAGCAAGUGGCAUCUUCAUCGGCCUUUUCGCCACUACCAUGAUCAUUCACAUCGUCGAAGGAAUCCGAUGGCAGACGUGGGGAUUCAUGGCAUGCAUGAUUCUCGGAUGCCUCGAUGAGAUCAUCGGCUACGUCGGAAGGAUCGUCCUCCACGGCAACCCCUUCUCCUUCUCGGGAUUCUUUGUCAAUAUAUUCUGUAUCGCCACCGCACCCUUGUUCUUCUGCGCCGCCAUCUAUGUAACGCUAUCAAAGACAAUUCGUUGCCUUGACCCGAGCAUAUCACGAUUCAACCCCAAGCUUCUCUACUGGGUCUUCAUUCCUUGCGACGUCGUCUCCCUUGCGCUACAGGGAGCUGGAGGCGCCAUUUCCUCAGUAACAAGUGGAUCCAGCAAGCUAGGCGCUGAUAUCGUCCUUGGGGGUCUUUCGCUCCAGGUCUUCACGAUUCUCGUCUUCCUUAUCGUCGCCGCCGAAUACUUCAUACGAUUUCUCCGGGCUCCAGGCAGGAGGGCCUUGAAUGUCGAGUUUAAAAUAUACUUGACCUUCUUGAGCUUGUCUAUCCUUUUGAUACUGGUACGGUGCGUCUACCGUAUCGAUGAACUCAGCGACGGAUUCCUCGGCCCCGUGUUCCACAACGAAAGGCUAUUCUAUGGCCUAGAGAGCAUCCCAAUUACAAUCGCCGUGUUCUGUCUCAACCUUGGCCACCUGGGGCUCGGCUUGCGGGAAGCUAGGAAAGUCGCAGAGCGAGCCGGGGGAGAAUCAGGGGAGAAAAAGAGCCAAGACCCGGGCUCAGUGCAAUCCAAGGCGAAUAGAGAGUAA